AUGACUGCUGAACCUAUCGCUAUCAUUGGAAGUGGAUCAGAACGAUAUGAUGCGGACGGCUUCUAUCAUCCCGAUGGGCUGCAUCACGGCAGCAGCAAUGUGCGGCAUGCCUACACCUUGACCGAAGACGUGCGCCAUUUCGACGCCAGCUUCUUUCAAAUCAGUGCCAACGAAGCGGCGGCGAUUGAUCCACAGCAACGACUGCUUCUCGAGGUCGUUUAUGAAGCCUUGGAAUCCGCCGGACAGCCAAUCGAGGACUUACGAGGAUCGGACACUGCAGUGAUUGUUGGCCAGAUGUGCGCCGAUUACAAUGAUAUCCUCACCCGCGACUUGGAGACCAUGCCGACCUAUUUUGCCACGGGCACUUCUCGGGCGAUCAUGGCCAACCGUGUCUCAUAUGCCUUUGACUGGCAUGGGCCCUCAUGGACGAUUGAUACAGCAUGCUCAUCAAGCCUGGUUGCCGUGCAUCAGGCAGUCCAGUUGCUUCGGGCAGGUGACUCGAGGGUAGCCAUUGCGGCGGGCUCAAACCUGCUUCUCGGACCGGAACCCUAUAUUGCUGAAAGCAAGCUGAAGAUGCUCUCGCCAGAUGGCCGUUCCCGGAUGUGGGGUGCAAACGCGAAUGGCUACGCACGUGGUGAUGGUGUAGCGGCCGUUGUCCUCAAGACUUUAUCAGCAGCAUUGGAGGAUGGAGACAGCAUUGAGUGCAUAAUCAGGGCUACCGGUGUCAACCAAGACGGUCGGACAAAGGGUAUUACAAUGCCUAGUAGUGCAGCCCAGGCCGAACUGAUUCGAAAGACGUACGAAGCUGCGGGAUUAAGUCCGUUGCACGAUCGUCCUCAGUAUUUUGAGGCUCACGGCACUGGCACUAAGGCGGGGGAUCCCCUAGAGGCCGGGGCUAUCUUCCGAGCUUUCUUUGGAAAUGAAAUGAAGGAAGAGGAAGGGCACGAAAGGCUCUGUGUUGGCUCAAUCAAGACUAUCAUCGGACACACAGAAGGCACUGCUGGGCUCGCAGGACUGCUUAAGGCCUCUCUGGCACUCCAACAUGCUCAGAUUCCCCCGAACAUGCAUUUCCAUCGACUGAAUCCUGACAUUGAGCCUUACUGGUCGCGGUUGCAGAUUCCAACCACGCUGCGGCCAUGGCCCAGCCAGGCAUUCUUGGUCCGUCGGGCAAGCGUCAACAGCUUUGGUUUCGGUGGAACGAACGCUCACUCAAUACUGGAAAACUAUCCAGCUGGUCGAGACGACCAAAUUCCUUGCGUAUCGGGUAUGCUGCCAUUUGUGUUUUCAGCGCAGUCAGAGUCCGCCCUGGCUGCAACAAUGGAAAGACUUGCCCUUCACCUGCACCAAAAUCCGGACAUCGAUCUCCGCAAUCUCGCGUGGACGCUAUAUGCCCGUCGCAGUCUUUGGCCAAUCCGAGCGAGCUGUUUUGGUGCCUCUGCCUCGGCCCUCGAGGCUGAGCUUAUGCUCUCUGCCGAGAAGAUCCGUAAUGGGAAACAGUCUCCAGCCGUCAAAGCGUUUCCAAUUUCGCGGUCCAAGCCUCGCGUGCUCGGAGUUUUCACCGGUCAGGGUGCACAAUGGCCCGCCAUGGCUCGAGAGCUCAUCCGUGCCUCACCCUGGCUUGAGCAGCGUGUCGAUGAUCUAGAGCGUGCCUUGUCGCGGCUUCCAGAGGCCGAUAGACCUACGUGGUCACUCAAAGAGGAAAUGCUCUCUUCCACGGCCAAAGUAGAGGAAGCAAUACUCUCUCAACCACUGUGCACUGCGGUACAGAUACUUCUUGUUGACAGCUUGCGCCUUGCCGGCAUCGAGUUUGCGUCCGUCGUGGGCCAUUCCUCGGGCGAAAUCGCAGCUGCAUAUGCGGCAGAAUGCCUGAGUGCCGAAGCCGCCAUCUGCAUCGCGUACUAUCGUGGACUGCACACGAAAGGAGCCCGGGGUGCCAAGGGCGAGGUCGGAGGAAUGCUGGCAGUCGGGACAUCUCUGGAAGAUGCUGAAGAACUGUGCGCGCUGCCCACAUUCGCAGGUCGCUUGGCCAUCGCCGCGAGCAACUCUGCAUCAAGUCUCACCUUGUCGGGCGACCGGGACGCCAUCUACCAGGCGCAUCUCGUGUUUCAAGACGAAAAGAAAUUCUCGCGACCUCUGAAAGUCGACAAAGCAUACCAUUCACACCAUAUGCUUCCUUGCGCCGGUCCGUACGGUGAUUCUCUAGACCAACUGCAAGUACGCGCUUCAAAACCUCGCUCGCCGUGGUACUCGAGCGUCUAUGAUGGUGACUUGGUCAACACGGCCGACGGACUCUGCGGUCCAUACUGGGUCGAGAACAUGUGCCGUCCCGUGUGCUUCUCACAAGCACUCACCAAAGCGAUUGAGCAAACCGAGGAGACUUGCGACCUGGUUAUCGAAGUAGGUCCUCACCCUGCCCUGAAAGGCCCAGCGAGCUCCACGAUCCAGGAGAUUCUGGGAAGGGAUCUUCCAUACACGGGACUACUACAACGCGGGUCAAACGACGCAAAGGCCUUUUCGGAUGCCCUGGGUUUUAUCUGGGCCAGAUUUGGUCGGGAUGCAAUAGAUUUCUCGGCGCUGCAGGAUACGUUGUUCGACGGGACCGAGCAACCCCGGCUCGUGAAAGACCUACCCUCAUACCCGUGGGAUCAUAGCCGAGUCUUCUGGCAUGAGUCGCGCGCUAUACAAGCUGACCUCUUUCGGGAAAUACCUCCACACCCUCUCCUGGGAGUCUGCAAGGAAGUCGUGAGUGACCGCGUCCAGUGGCGGAAUAUUUUGACACCUCAUGAGAUUUCGUGGCUGAAGGGCCACGCUCUUCAAGGACAAACUAUCUUCCCCGCAUCCGGAUACAUAUCGAUGGCAAUUGAAGCGGGAAGAACGGUUAUGGAACCCGAGGGGACCAUCGCACUCGUUGAGGUGCAGGACCUUGUAAUCGACAGGCCUCUCACAUUCGAGGAGGACUCUAUCAUUGGUGUUGAGGUUCUCGUCACCCUGGCUGGCAUUUCGCGCGAGAUACAGGAGGAUGGGACCGCAUUGAUGACUGCUACUUUUACUUGUCAUACGCCUGCCGGUCGAGGGUCCACAUCGCUCGUCAUCGCUGCCAGAGGGGGCGUGUGUGUCACGCUAGACGCUGCCCGGGAGACAACACUACCACCUGCCCGGGAGGUGUUCGAAGACCUCAUCCAAGUGGAUCAAGAGAGGUUUUACGAUGGCUUGAAAGAGCUGGGGUAUCAAUACACAGGACCCUUCAAGGCACUGGACCAACUGGCACGAUACCUCAAUCUUAGCACAGGCGUUGUCUAUCAGCCUCAGCAUAGUGAAAGCUUUCAGGAGUCCUUGCUGGUUCAUCCGGCUAUGCUGGAUGCCUCAUUUCAAUCAGUCUUCCUGGCAUACAGCUGGCCGGGAGAUGGGAGACUGUGGUCUCUACACGUGCCUAUGAAGAUCCGUCGCGUGCAGGUGAACCCCGUCUUGUGCACACCUUCGGAUGACAAGCUGUUUUUCCAUACCGAAGCCGAAGAAGGCCCCAAGAGCACGGUGCACGGUCACAUCACUUUAUCGCGUGCGGUGGGAGAGCCUGCCGCCAUCCGAGUCGACCAGAUUACCGUCAUUCCUGUCGCUCCAGCUAGCGUAGCUGACGAUCGGGCUCUCUUCGCAAGUGAAGUGUGGGACGAUAUGAGUCUCGAUGACCAAGGGGCAUUUUCUCAAUCCUAUACCGUUGAGGAGGAUCGUCUCGGACGAGCUGUCAGUCAGCUCGCUGAGGAACGGUUAAGACAACUCCUGUCAUCCGGGGAUGACCAAUGUGAAACUCUUUCCAGGAUUGCAAAUCAUCUGCCGGGGAAGACUACGAACGAUGGCUCCUGCACGCCCUCCCCCGCAAUAUGUUCGUCCAGCAGUGUUGAUCUGGCUCUCCUAGAAGCAGUGACAGAGUUUGUGCAUACUGGGAGGUCUGGUGAUGGAGCUACUGCUGCAGGAAAGCUCCAUGAUUCUGAUCUCAUGGAUCGCUACUUCGAGCAAGGCUUUGGUGUUAUAGACUCCAAUUCUCGACUAGCGAUGAUCGUCCGGCGCUUAUCGCAUCGCUACCCAUUGAUGAAUAUUCUUGAACUGAAUGCCAAUAACACCACUCUCACCGAGACUGUAUUACGGAAUAUUCACCAGGGAUUCUCAUCCUACACCGUCGCCACGCCACAGCACAGAGUCGAGAGGAUGAAGCAAUCGGUGGCCGGCAGAACGCCUGUGAAAGUUUCAGCUCUGGACCGUUCAAGAGACGUUGAAGAGCAGGAAUUCCCGGCAGGCCAUUGGGAUUUGGUGAUCGGUAGCCUGGUGCUUGAUGACCACCGCAUCGAAGAUACCCUCAAAACCGCAAGAAGACUCCUUCGCCCUGGGGGUUACCUCUCCCUGCAGAUAGUCGGAGAGGCUUCACGUUUUGACCUCUACUUUGACAUCGCGCAGAGUCUACCUCUUACUAUUCCUCAGUGGCGUCAUCUCCUCAAGCAAAACGGAUUCUCGGGGAUCGAUGCAUUCUACCAGGCUUCAAUGGCAAAACCCCUGGGCAUCGUUGUCACCCAAGCAACUGAUGAGCGCGUUGCUCUGCUCCAGCAGCCUCUGCUUAGUACACCAAAUGACUUGCAGAUUUCUGAGCUCGUCAUUGUCGGUGGUACAAGUCUCUUCACGAGCAACCUGAUAGACGACUUGCUGGUCUUCUUAUCGCCGCGAACUUCUCAUGUGACGCUGCGUGAGUCUAUCGCCGACGUCCAGAGACACCCACUUCAACCUCUGAGCACCGUUAUCUGCCUGAGUGAUCUGGAUAACCCGGUAUUCAGUGAUCUCCGUCCGGAGACAUGGACGGGGCUGAAGUCGCUUUUUGAUAACUCGCAAAAUUUGCUCUGGCUUCUCAGCGGGGCUCGUGGUCAACAGCCAUAUCCUAAUGCCACAGUUGGGUUCGGAAGAACGCUGAGACUGGAGAUGCCUCAUGUGAAUCUACAGUUCCUCGACCUUGGUGACAGCUACAAGGCAGUCGAUGGACGCUCCAUAGCCGAGCAUCUGCUUCGACUCUGUUUGCUGGGGCUGGAAAACCAGGCGAGGUCGAAGAGCCCUGCACCUCUGUGGUCCAACGAGCCUGAGCUGUUAUUGACGAAUGGCCGAGUGAAAAUUCCACGAGUCAUUCCUCACGCUGCCCAAAACAACCGAUAUAACUCAUCCAAGCGCUCAGUCAACAUAUCGGUCAACCCGACGGACGUGCCUGUGAGUCUUUCGCGGGCCGUUUCUGGAGCGUUCAACAUCCAUCUCGAUCACACUCAAAAUCCACGGACAGAGAACACCAUGCUUAUCAAUGUGACCUAUUCCGCCGUUCAGCAAUUUGCGGUCUCUGAUGAUGAGCACUUGUACCUGGUUAUUGGCCACUGCAGUGAGACUGGUCAACGGGCUAUGGCAUUUGCUCCUAUGUUGGCGAGUCAAAUUGCUGUUCCUCGGCAGGACUGUUUUGUCCUGAAGGACGACCAUGGGUCAGCAGUGUACAAUGACUUCACACUAAUUCAGUACAUUCUGAAGUAUGUUCACAUGCGUGAUAUUGUGUCUCAAGUGCAGCCGGGGGCGACCGUGGUCUACUUCAGCGCCGACAAGUUCACUCGCAGGAUGCUUUCGAAGCUCGCCAGCGCACGCAAAAUUUCCGUUGUGUGGGUUACCACAGGCGACAGUGCGAAUGAGGAGAGCAUUCACAUUCACCCUCGAAGCAGUCUUCGUGAUCUCGAGGCAUUGAUCCCCCGAAGACCAUCUGUGAUUGUCGACCUCUCAGAUUCUCGGGAAGACUCACUCCAGUCGCGCCAGCUUUCUGAAGCCUACGGUAGCAAAUUAUUUGAUCUAAGGCAUCUAGAAUUGCUUCAGUUGCCGUCGCUAUUUGACGAGGACUUCACUUGGAUUCUGGAUAUGGUGAAGGACGAGUCGUUGAUGGAGUCUCCGUGGACUGACAUAGUGAAACUGAACGAUUUGCCAGAGGCCACUGCCUCCCCAUUUACCAUCGUGGACUGGAAUACUCCCUCGGUUUCUGCCGAGAUUGAGCCUGCAGAGACACAACCACUAUUGCGCCCUGAUUGCACGUAUCUUCUUGUGGGACUAACUGGUGGUCUGGGACAGUCACUCUGCGAAUGGAUGGUCCGCCAUGGAGCGCGGCAUCUGGUCCUCACAAGUCGAAAGCCCAAGAUCGACGAGCGAUGGGUAAAGGCCCUCGAUCGAGCGGGAGCUGUGAUCAAAUUGGUAGCGAAUGAUAUCACCGACAGCAAGUCGGUCCGCGCGCUUUACGACGAUACUGUUAAAACGUGUCCGCCCAUCGCAGGCGUGGUCAACGGAGCGAUGGUCUUGCAUGAUUCGUCCAUCUACGACAUGGACGUCGAGAUGAUGCUGAAGGUCCUGCGUCCGAAAAUUGAUGGGAGUCGCUAUCUCGACGCACUCUUCCAAGAGAACACUCUGGAUUUCUUCAUCAUGCUCUCCUCUCUGACCGGUGCAUGUGGAAACAGCGGCCAGUCAAACUACACUGCUGCCAAUAUGUUUAUGGCGGGGCUGGCCGCACAGAGAAAACAGAAGGGAUUGGCCGGAUCGGUCAUCGACAUUGGGGCGAUGAUGGGGGUAGGUGUUCUGGUUCGAGAUCGAAGCUAUGCCUUACAAGUCCAAUUGCGCGAAUACGGCUACCUCUGGAUGUCCGAGCGGGAUUUCCACCAUAGCUUCGCCGAGGCUAUUCUGGCAGGACGUCCGGACAAUGACGAAAAUCCCCAGGUCAUGGCUGGGAUUCGGCUCUGCCGAAGAGAUCAGUUGAAGUCAGUGCAAUGGGCCGACAAUCCUCGAUUUGGCCACUGCAUUCUGCCGUCAGAGUCGGAUUCUUCUGCGAUAAAACAAACCAGUGGAGUACCGCUAGCCACCCAGGUGGCUGAAGCUGCAAAUGGCGAUGAAGUACGUCGCCUUCUAGAAGAUGCGUUUUUGCAGAAAUUGGUAUCCGCCUUGUCAUUACCGGAACUGGACGCGGGGAUGAAGCAAAAAUUGCUCUCACAGGGUGUGGACGAACUGGGUGUGGACUCGUUGGUGGCAGUGGACAUUCGUUCAUGGUGGCUCAAGGAGCUCCGCGUUGACAUGCCAGUGCUCAAGAUCAUGGGAGGUACUGCCAUUACCGAUCUCAUCGAGUACGGCCAAAAGCAGAUAGCGCUCACCUGCUCGCCACAGGAGGAAGCCUCCUCUCCCGCGGAGAAAAAUCAAUCACCAUCGACAUCUUCAGAUAAUGAGUCCGAGGCAGACAAAGCUGUAACUACUCCACAGGAGGGCUCGGUUAUCUCCAGUGCCACGACUGCCACGAGUGACGAGGAAGCGACCGAGAUCAAAUUGCCGCCUCUAGUGCAUCAGGAGCUCAUGUCCUACGGACAACGUCGAUUCUGGUUCCUUGGGAAAUACCUCUCGGAUAAAACGACCUUCAAUAUCGCUUGUCUGAUACGUCUUAAGGGCCGUGUUCAGGUUGGCAAUUUGGCGCACGCCGUCCGUACCGUUGGCCAGAAACACAGUGCCCUUAGAACCUGCUUUUUCGAGGACGAGCAUGGCCAGUCCUGGCAGGGAAUUCUUGAGCAUACUCGCUUGAAGCUGGAGUCAAAAUCGAUCCAAGGAUACGAGUAUGCCCUCGAAGAAUUUCAGCGGAUGCGCCGGCACGUCUUUGACUUGACUUCGGGAGAGUCUAUGCGCGUCAUUCUUCUCUCUGAAUCGGCUGAGUCUCAUUAUCUUCUCAUUGGCUAUCAUCAUAUUAACAUGGACGGCAUCAGUCUCCAGGUCGUGCUGAGGGAUCUGGAAACGGCCUAUCUUCAACGGCCAUGGCGAUCGGAUCCACUUGAAUACCAUCAAUUCGCAACAUGGCAGCGCAACGUGGUGGAAAGUGGCGCUCUCCAGGCCGACAUCACGUACUGGCGAGAGGAACUAUCUGACAUGCCGGAUGUGCUUCCUAUUCUGUCCAUCUCAACGACGACUGUUCGACAACUAAUGCAAGACUACUCCCACAAUCGGGCCGACUUCAAGGUCCCCCAACAGCUCGGUGCCCGCAUCAAAGCCGUCGCGCGCAAGCAUCGUGCCACCUCAUUUCACUUCUACCUGGCGACCUUCAAAGCAUUGCUGUACCGGUUUUCGGGGGUAGAGGAUCUGGUAAUUGGGAUGGCAGACGGCAACCGAAAUCAUUUGGACGGUGCCAUGGACGGCAUUGGCAUCUACUUGAACCUCCUCCCUGUGAGAUUGUCUCGAGGCGGGAAAGAAAAAUUCGCCGAACACUUGACGGAGGCUCGAGCGAAGUCUCAUGCUGCACUCUCUCAUUCAAAACUCCCGAUUGACGUUCUGCUCGAGGAGCUCCAGGUAGCUCGAUCCGCUUCCUACACUCCAAUCUUCCAGGCCUUUGUGAACUACCGACAAGGAGCUCAGGAAAUUUUGCCCUUUGGCGACUGCCAGCUUGAGGGUGACAAGUACGAGAUCGGACGCACAGGCUACGAUAUCAGCUUGGAUGUUAUCGAGAAUGCGCAGUCCGAGGCUACCGUGAUGCUUGUCACUCAGAAAUACCUGUAUUCAGAACAGCAAACGGAAAUCCUUGCCGCCAGCUUCCAACAAUUAUUGGAUUCGUUCAGUCAAGAUGCUGAGUUGGAAGUGGAUGCAGCGUCGAUGUACUCCAGAGAGAAAAUUAGGGAAGCGCUGCAGUUGUCUCGAGGGCCCGAACAGGUGCUACAAUGGAAAGGCACCAUUGUUGAUCGUAUCGACGAGAUGGUAGCUCGCUACCCAACUCGACCAGCCCUGUCGGACGAUCAAUCAUCGUUGACCUACAAGCAGAUGUCGGCACGCAUUCACACAGUGGCAGCUGCUUUAGCGAACCUGAAACUCACACCGGGGGCGAAAGUUGCCGUCUUUCAACAGCCGAGUGUGGAUUGGAUUUGCUCCAUGUUGGCUAUCUUGCGGCUAGGAGCGGUCUAUGUUCCAUUUGACCCACGACUGUCGCUCCCUCGACUGCAGCGAAUUGCUCAGGACUGCCAGCCUGAAGCGAUAGUCUUCCACUCGGCGACGUCCGGUAGCAUUCCUGAGCUGACGGCUGGAAUGCCUGAAAGUCUACUUGUCGAUGUUACCGAUCUCCCAACGAUAGGUGGCUCAGAUGCAACCAACCUUUCGACAUCAGAAUUCCCGAUGGUCAUAUUAUACACCAGUGGUUCCACCGGCCUGCCAAAAGGCGUCGUUCUCCAACACUCAUCUUUGGCAAUGAAGAUAGAAACCAUCACUUUGUCUUACAAUCUCGAUCAACAGGUGCGCAUCAUGCAGCAAAGCGCAUUGACCUUUGACAUGUCGAUUGCGCAGACGUUCAUGGGCCUUUGCAAUGGAGGCGAAGUGGUUGUCGUCCCUCGAGCGAAGCGAGGAGAUCCUGCGGCGCUUGUUGACACGAUCAUCCAACACAACAUCACGCACACGAUGGCUACCCCUUCCGAGUACAUUUCCUGGCUUCAGUAUAUUAACUCUUCCGACCGCCAUGCAUACUCAAUUGCUCGGGGGUCAUGGAAAACACUUUUCUCUGGUGGGGAAGCCAUUCCAGAGUCUCUGAAGCAGAAACUUCGCGCGAUCAAUAGUGACGGAUUGCAGUUGCACAAUGUGUACGGUCCAACGGAAAUCAGUAUCUUCUCCCAUUCUACGGAAGUGGACUAUCACUCCCAGUCCAAGGAACGUAUUCCCGUGGGUCCAGUCAAUCCGAACUACUCUGCGUUCGUCGUGGACGAGCAACUGACGCCGGUACCCAUCGGUGUGCCAGGUGAGAUCGUCAUUGCUGGCAGUGGUGUAGCCUUGGGCUAUCUGAACAACGACGAUCUGACACGGGAGAAUUUCGUUCAACUUACUAUUCCCUAUGGCAACAACACCGGAACAAAUCAGAUGCGCGCAUAUCGUACGGGCGACCGCGGCCGGUUGCGGCACGACGGUGCCCUCUGUUUCGAAGGUCGUAUCGGGGGUGACACUCAAAUCAAGCUUCGUGGUUUGCGCAUGGAUCUCGUGGACAUUGAAUCUGCCCUCAUCGAGGUCUCGGAAGGGAUUCUCCUGAGCGCAGUCGUGACAGUCAGAGGCCCUGCAGAGGCUCAAUAUCUGCUUGCACAUGUCGUACCGAAUCGCGAAUGGCAAUCAAAGCUCACCCUGGAGCAACAACAAGCCUUUUUCCAAGAUCUGAAGGAGAGACUUCCUCUACCACACUCGCAUGGGAAAGUCGACCGAGGGGCCAUUCGGAACCUCCCAAUACCAGAGAACAUCUUUGGCAAUGUUGAUAAUGUAGGUGCAUCCCUCUCCGAGGCGGAGGAGCAAGUCAAGAGACUUUGGGAGGAAGUUCUGCCAUCAGAAGUUGCCCGUCUAUACCAAAUUGGACCCUUCUCGGAUUUCUUCCAUGUUGGUGGCAACUCCAUGCUCCUUGUCAAGCUUCAGCAAGCCAUUCGAGCACAAUUCGGACGUAUCAUUCCUCUGGUACACCUCUUUGAGAGCACUACGCUGGCCAAAAUGACAGCUCGGAUCACGGAUAACGAUGUGGGCAGGGCCUCAGACACAAUCGACUGGAGCAAGGAAAUUGAGAUCGACCCAGCCGUCGUGACAGCGCGCGAAUCCUCAAGGAAGCCAGUCCGCAUGUCAUCUCCAGACAAAGAUCAAACCAUCGUUCUGACCGGCGCGACUGGGUUCCUCGGCCAGGUCCUGCUACACCAGCUCCUGGAGAACGACAAAGUGAGCAUGGUUCAUUGCAUCGGCGUCCGCUCCCCCACGCGCCUCCAGUCAUUCCAAUCUCCCAAGCUCGCAAUUCACGAAGGGGACCUGGCGUCCCCACACUGUGGCCUCUCUCAAGAAGCAUCCGACAAAAUCUUCACCACCGCCCACGCAGUGAUUCACAAUGGCGCAGACGUUCACUUUCUCAAGUCCUACCAGGUCCUUCGACCCGUGAACGUGGACUCAACGAAAUGGCUCGCGGCGCAGGCACUGUCAAACAAUAUCCCAUUCCACUACGUCUCGACCGCCAGUGUAAUUCAGUACGCGCGUCCCAGCGCCCCAUUUCCACCCAGCUCGGUGAACGCCUUUCUCCCGCCCACAGACGGCAGGGACGGCUACACGGCGAGUAAAUGGGCGAGCGAGCAAUACCUGGAGCAACUGAGCACUGAAUUCGGACUCAAUGUGCACAUUCAUCGUCCGACAGCAAUCACGGGUCCCAAUACACCGGCGCAGGACAUUUUCCCCAAUGUGAUGCGGUUCUCGCGAGAGAUCAAAGCUGUCCCGGUUUUCGACUUUGUGGUGGGACACCUCGACUUCAUUGAUGUGCACAGUGUGGCUACGAGGAUUCUUCAAACGGUGGCUGGGGCCGCUGCCCCUCGCUCGAGCGAGACCAAGGGUCCUCGGUUUUAUCAUCACUCGGGGGAGGUGGUCAUUCAGACAUCGGGGCUGAGAGACCAUCUACAGCGAGAAUUGAACGAUGAAGUUGUGGAAUUAGGGGUUCGCGAGUGGGUGGACAAUGCGACCCAGGCUGGGAUGGACUCCAUGGUUGGUGAAUACAUGAAGAGUCUGGAAGGCUUAAAGGAGCCAAUAUUUCUUCCUCAGAUUCUACCUUCCUGA